GACAGGCCUUUUCAAUACAUUUUAGUCAUUUUAGAUUAUAAUCAAUUAGAAUCUAGUAGAAUAUAAUUAGAUCUAAAUUUAAAAAAAAAAAUCAUGACGGAAAUUAUCCCAUGCCUUAUUAGAGUAGGAUAUUGCGUGCAAAAUAAUAAACUUUUGAAGCUUCAUAAAGAUAAAGCUGAAGAAAUAAACCGUGAAAAAACAUGUAAGGCUACUUAUCGUCUGUUGUCUGAUGUGAUUUCUACUUGUUACGCCACUAUGAAGCAAGAUGAGGAUAAUAUCUGGUCAAUAACAGACAACAUGGGUGGAAUACAUGUGAAUGGUUGUUUGAUGACUAUUGAUGUCCCGUUCAAACUACAAGAAGGAGACAUGAUCCAAUUGCAGGUUUUUACUUCGUCAAUUGAACAAGUUCAGCAUUUAUACAAAUUCCACUUAAUAAAGUCUCAAACAGCGAAAAAUCAGCACAAAAAACUAAAGACAGACCCUUCAUGUAUAGAAGAAAGAAUAACCCCCUGUAAAAGUGAGAAUUUGUCUGCAGAAGAUGGGAAACGAAAAGAUGCUAGGACGAAAGGUACCUUGAGAUUAUACCCAGUGGAUGUCACUACUACAAGUUCACCGUCACCUAAAGAAUGUGAGAACCAAAAAGCUUUGGCAGAAAUAAAAAAGCUUUUAAAAGAAAAAGAAGAAAAACAAAUAGAGAUGGAGAAAGAGUUAGAACAUCAGAGGCAAGAAAGAGAAGUAGCAGAAUUGAAACUGAUAGAUCAACAGGUACAAAAUUCUAAAGACCUGCUUGCAAUAAAAGAGGUGAAAACCAGAGAAGAUGUGUUGUCCAGUUUAGUUUCUCUCAUGGAAGUAGAGUUAAACUGCAGUAUUUGCAAUGAGCUGUUUAUAGCGGCAACGUCUUUGAACUGUUCGCACGUGUUUUGUAAAUUUUGCAUCAGUAAAUGGAUGAAACAAAAAAAAGAAUGCCCUAAUUGUCGCACUAUUAUAACUACGCAAAUUCAAAUCCUAGCUCUAGAUAAUUAUAUAGAUAAAAUGGUUGAUCAGCUCAGCGAAGAUCGUAAAACGCAGAGAAAAACAUUGAUUGAUCAAAGAAAGACUGAGGAAUUUGAAUAUAAUAUCAUGGUCCCUGGCCCUUCUACAGCACCUGAAGGGAUAGAACCUCACUUAGUCACACCAGAAACCCAAACUGCAGAGGCAACACUAGCAUCACAAAGUCUACACCUAGACCUCCAAGGAUACACCCUAGUUGCAGGUCAGUUCUUGUCAAUCAGGAGAAAUCUGGACACCAUAGUUAACACAUUAAUUGGCCUUAGCGAAAACAAUGAUGCAAGGGCUGUUGCUGAUGAUGGUUAUGAUGAUUAUAGAAGCCAGGUUGAAUAUGAUGAGAGUGAAGAUGAUAAGAGUGAAAAUGAUGAAAGUGAAGAUGAUGAGAGUGAAGAGGAUAAGAGUGAAAAUGAUGAGAGUGAAGAUGAUGAGAGUGAAGAGGAUAAGAGUGAAGAUGAUGAGAGUGAAGAGUAUGGGAGUGAAGAGGAUGAGAGUGAAGAUGAUGAAAGUGAAGAUGAUGAAAGUGAAGAUGAUUAGAGUGAAGAUGAUGAGAGUGAAGAUAGUUAGGAUGUGUAUGAAUAUUGUGAGGAAGAGGAUGUGAAUGAAGAGGCUGAAGUUAAGUAAUGAAUGAAUGCAAAAAUUAUUUAUAAUCUCUUUAAUUUAUAUAUAAUUAUAUAUAUAAUCUAUAUAAAUAAAUGCUUUUGUAAACCUUUUUAUAUUAUAUUAAAACACAAAAAACAUUAUA